AUGGCCGGGCGACUGCAGGGGAGCUCUGGUGGAGUUGGGCUCAUCGAGGUAAUAUCUGAGGAUUCCCAUGCGAUGCGCCACGCGUUGUGUACGCGUAGGCCGCUUGAAGGUGCUGAUGCGGUAGUGGCUCAUGUCCAUGUUCGCCUCGGAGGCGCCACCGGCACCAGCUCACACCCACAGAAUGCCCCCCGAUCACAACCGAGACCAACCCUUUCAAGUGUCAGGUCGCGAGCAUGCUGCUACACGUCACCAAGGACGCAUCGGGUUCGUCACAACUACCAACCGACGCCGAAGCCCCCGACGCCAUUCCAGAGCGUCGUUGGGAAGUUUGCCGGGGACCCGGACUACUCUUGCAAGGGCGGCGACGCCGAUGGGCGCGACGAAUCCUGGGCCGUCAUCAUGAAGAAGUGCCAAAACAUACAGAUGGCAUCGGCCGGGACCUACUCUUGGUUCUCGACCUACGCCCAGGAUUGUAUCGACACGCACACCUGUCAAAAGUCCCUCUGGCUCCUUGACAGCAACUACGACAACAACCGGAACAUCAUUGGCAUUGGUGCCAAGAAGAUCAUCGUGUCGCUGGGGGGGAAUGCCAUCACGGCAGAGGCCAACCUAGCUGUCACAAGCCACCCGGCGUGGGCGCACAUUUCUCAGUACGAUGUUCCUUCGGUCGGCGCUGCUCCGGUUGAUAAUGAGUGCCUGGAGAGCGACCGGAUGUACAGCACCGAAGAUAUGCCGCUGGGCGGGAUCGAGGUCUGGUCCUUGGAUGGUCAGGUGCUGAACCAUGCUGAGGAUACCGACGGCACCCAGUACGUGACCAUCGUGAAUCUCACGCCGUACAAGAUGGUACAUAUCGGAGGCCCUGAGCCGUACCAGUUUGCGGCGUGGGACUUUGGCGACAUCCCCUCGGGUAAGGCGAGGAAGAACGUGGCAAUAUACGACACGUCUCUCGCCGUCGGCAGCUUCGUAGACACCAACGGAUACGCCAACUAUAAACUCGAGGGCACCGAUAAGACAUUCCAGGUCCACGUGACGACGCACAUCCCAGACAGCUACGAGCGCCGGGUGGUAUUUGAUCUCGGCGGCAUGGGCAUGGGCUGGAGAGAACUAGGAUUUCCGGGCGAGCGCGUCAGCGUUGCCCUGGUCAUCACCGGCAGCGAGCAGUACGGCUACGUCAACUCGCUGCAGCUCAACAACAUCGCCUGGAUGCGCAGCAUGUACGACAUCAUCAAGGACUGCCAGCUCCGUCACGUGGUCAUGCCAGGAGCGCACGACGCCGGCAUGAGCAAGAUCAGCGACGGUGGCUGGACCGCCCGUCCUCGCGGCAUCUACCACCGCCCCGACUACCUCUCGCUCGACGACUUCUGGGCCGAGGAGAAGACCACUUCACAGAACGCGCUUAAGGUGGUUGCCAGACUGCACACAAACAAGCGGGAGCGCACGAGCUCGCCCGAGACGUACUUCAUCAUGCAGUGGCAAUGCACGCCCUUCACCGGCGAUCUGUGGGACCCGCCGACGCUGCAGCUCAUCGCCAACCAGGAGACCAACCCGGCGCUGUACCACUACGGCGUCAACAGCAUGUCGCCCGACUACUUCCCCACCGUAAUCCUGCACGACGCCGCCGGGCUAUUCCACAUCAGCGACCUCAGCGAGCAAGGGUACAACCCGAUGAUGCAGACGCUGGCCAUCGGGCUGAACCUAUGCAUGGUCAGCCAGAACUGCAAGGUGAGCAUGGGCAAGAACCCGCUGUUGGUGAGCAAGACGCAGGCCAAGGUGUGGUCGGCCAGAGGUAGCGGGUUCCAGACUUUUAGGGGCGUCAUCUUUGCCAACGGCACUGUUUUGGACGAGGCACCCCCUGGGUUUUGCCGGACCUGCACCUUUAACUACACCACGGCCAUUGACCGCCCGCCCGUGCUGAACAGAACGAGUCGGAGACGGAGACUGGAACCGUUGAAACCGGUGGCGGUGUGCGUCGACCCGCUAUACGUCGACCUCCCGGACCCCCCACUCCCAUACACCGUCGACCCGCCAUACAACGACCCCGACCCCGACCCGGACCCCGACCCGGACCCCGUCAACGAGCUAUAUCCCCGCCCGGACGGCGUGUACGGCACCCCGCCCGUGAGGCUGCUGCGCGGCGGCGACCGGCCGCGCGGGCUGGUCAGGCUGCUACUGCCGCUGGUGCUGCUAGCUGGUGCUGCUAUAGAGGCCCGCCGUGCUGGUGCCCGUGGUUGUGCUUGUGCUCGUGUAGGGUCGGUAGGUGGAGGUGCUGGACGAGAAGAGCGGGGGGCUGGAGCGGCGGGAGGGGAAGAGAGAGGAGGAGGAGGAGCCGCCGAGGGUGCUGGUGGUGGUGGUGGUGGUGUCGGUGGUGCUGCGGUAGGAGGAGGAGAGGGAGCUGCGGGAGCGGGUGUAGGAGAAGGGGGGGCUGAGGGUGGUGCGGCUGCUGUAGGGGAGGGCGCUGCUGGUGCUGGUGCUGAUGCUGCUGUAGGGGGGGGUGGAGGAGGAUAUCGAUGA